AUGGGACAGCAAAAUGGUUCUUAUAAGCCUGAUUUUUAUAAAUAUCAUGGUCAAGAUGCUGAUUAUGUGAUUGGAGAAUUGGAAAAACAAGGUUAUACAUGUAAAAAAUAUGACACACAGCGAUUAGUGCAAGCUAGACCACUAUCACCAAUUCCAGAUCCAAAAACUGUUCAUGUCUAUAUCUGCAAAUUAACAAACACGAUACACCAGAUUCAAACAAAAUAUUGA